UCUGAGUUUAGGGUGGGAGAGUUAGCCGUUAGCACGGAGAGCUAACAGCCGGAGUGUAUAAUGGCGGCCUCGGUGUUGUUGGGGUCUGCGGACAACACCGGACUCAGCUUCACGGUAGGAGGCGGCGGCGGCGGAGGCGUCGGCGCCGGGAAUGUUUUAGUCGGGAAUAAUAACGGAAUGGGGCCGGCGGGGCCGGCGCCCUGGAACCGUUCUCUAGACCGGGCGCUUGACGAAGCCUCGGCCACCGGGUGUCUGAAUCUCAGCGGCAGGAAGCUGAAGGAGUUCCCCCGGAGCGCCGCCAACCACGACCUGACGGACACCACCAGGGCCGAUCUGUCUCGUAACCGUCUGUCAGAGCUUCCUCUGGAGGUUUGUCUGUUUGUUUCUCUGGAGAGUCUGAACCUUUACCAGAACUGUCUGAGGUCUCUGCCAGACAGUCUGCUCAACCUGCAGGCCCUCACCUACCUGAACCUCAGUCGAAACCAGCUGUCUGUCCUCCCCGUGGUUGUCUGCAGUCUUCCUCUGAAGGUUUUGAUCGCCUGCAACAACAAACUUGUUUCUCUGCCAGAAGAACUGGGACAGCUGAGACACCUCACUGAACUGGAUGUAAGUUGUAAUGAGAUCCAGACUUUACCGCCUCAAGUGGGUCAGCUGGAGGCUCUACGAGACCUGAACAUCAGGAGGAACCACCUCGUCAGAUUGCCCCCAGAGUUGGCAGAGCUCCCUCUGGUGCGUCUGGAUUUCUCCUGUAAUAAAGUCACCUCCAUCCCCGUCUGUUACCGACGACUCGUGCAGCUACAGACCAUCGUCCUCGACAACAACCCUCUGCAGACCCCACCUGCACAGAUCUGUAUUAAGGGGAAGGUCCACAUAUUUAAAUAUCUGAACCUGGAGGCCAGUAAGACGACUCCUGACCUCCCAGACUACGACAGACGACCCCUGACCUUCAGCUCCUGUGUUGAUGAGCUGUACCCCGGUCGUCCAUACGGAGCGUUGGAUUCAGGCUUCAACAGCGUCGACAGCGGAGACAAGAGAUGGUCGGGGAAUGAGCCCACAGAGGAGUUGUCAGAGCUGCCACAGAGAGUGGCCGAGAUCAGCAGAGACCAGAGACAGAGACCAGCGGGGGGAGGAGGACCACUGCUGGCAAAUGGAACAUAUGUGGAGCUGGAGCAGAUAGACUUCAUAGACAGCUGUGUGGGGGAGGAGGAGGAGGAGGAGGGGAGGAGUCGGGGAGGAGGAGGCGGAGGAGGAGGAGGAGGAGGAGGCGGAGGAGGAGGGAACGGCACCAGCCUGAGCUCUCAGUUCAUGGCUUACAUCGAGAGACGCAUCACCAGAGAGGGUUCUCCAGUCAAAACCAACUCAUCCAGGACAGAGGACACAAGGAGACAAAACAGGAGUGUGGUGGAUGGUGUCACAGCGCCCUCUACCUCCCAAAACCAGAGAGGAAGUGUCGGUCCAGGAGGGGUGGAGAGGGUGAGGAAGGAGGCUCAGCUCGCUGCUCUGAGGUACGACGAGGAGAGACAGAAGAACCGUUCUCUGCAAAGAGACAGCGUCACCAGUUACACCAAGCAUAAAGCAGCUCAGAGUCCAACAAAGUCCAGUCCAGAGAGUGAGACUGUCUACCCCUCCAGACGCUCCACCCACACUGAUGACUCCGCCCUCUUCAUGUCUGUGACUGGAGUGUCUGUAGACGGCUGUCGCUCUCAUGCUUCUGAUAGCGCCACCUACUGUCUGCUGCAGGGAGAGGACAGAGCAGCUCUGUCUCCUACAGCCAAUCAGUCGCCUUCCUACCCCAGCUCAGGGGGCGGGUCCUCCUGUCGGACAGCUAGUCUAAGACCAGAGAGCUUCCUGUUUCGCCUCGGCCAGAGAGAAGAGAAGAGGAAAGGUGACGCUGCUGCUGCUGCUGCUGCUGCUGCUGCUGCUGCUCCUCAGAACCAGGAGGGGGCUUCUGCUGCUCCUCCUCUGGUUGGAGAAGAUGCUGAGCUGGUGGAGCAGCUCAGAAAGAACAUCGAGGCUCGUCUCAAAGUGUCAUUGCCGAGUGACCUGGGAGCAGCUCUGACAGAUGGGGUGGUGCUGUGUCACCUGGCCAAUCACGUGAGACCACGGUCCGUCCCCAGCAUCCACGUCCCCUCCCCUGCUGUGCCUAAACUCACCAUGGCCAAAUGUCGACGAAAUGUAGAGAACUUCCUGGAGGCGUGUCGCAGGAUCGGAGUCCCCCAGAGUCAGUUGUGUCUUCCUCUUCACAUCCUGGAAGAGCGAGGGCUCCCCCAAGUGGCCGGGACCGUCAGCACUCUGCUUGAUCUGGCCCCACCCCGACACCCUGUCACCAUGACGACUACCACAACAUCAUCAUCAACCACACCUGGACCCUCCGUCACCAUGUAGACAACACUAACACCACCACCACCACCACCACCACCACCAUCAUCAUCAUCAUCAUCAUCACCACACGUGCUCAGUCAGCCUCAGGAAACCUACAGCCAGACGAGUUUUAGAUAAAAACCUCCAGAACAGCAGGUUGGCAUCUGAUGGAGACAUUAACAGAGCUGAACUACAAAAACGCAUUGACACUAGCUCAGGUUUUAUAUCCGAAUUAUCAAACUUUUAGUAAAAUUAAAGUUUCAGAGACAUGACAGAUUGUUUAGAUGAUGGGACAGAUGAGCUGGAAUCCACAACAAACAGUGGAAAAAUUUUCUCAAACACGUCAGUGACACCACAAAGAACAAAGGACGGCAGCUGUAGCAUAAAGAAAAGUGAGAACAUUUAAAUGUGUUCUUAAAUACAUGGUAGCUGUUGUGGACAGUAAGAAGUGUCAAACUUGUGCUCUUCCUCCAGGAAACCAAAUUUGUGCACGUAUUUAUUAAAUGUUCUCACUUUUCUGUAUCAAACACCUUCCCUCCUUUUUUCUAUGAUCUUUGUUCUUUUUCUUUCUUUUUUUUAUUAUGUGUAUGCCGCAGAGUUCAGGAAAGAGUUAUCAAAAAUAUUUAAAUUUUUUACAA